GGCUUUUUUUUGAGGCGCGGCGGCGUGAGCGAUGCACUGGUCGCCUGGCCGCGGAGAUUAUUGAAUGGCAAAGCUCUCGAGAGGGCUUGAGCGAUCAAUGACUGCUCGCGCGUCUGCAGCCCAAAAGGUCGCCCUGGACUCUCCGGCCCUCUCGCAGUGCUGGCGGCCUGCUGUGGGCCGUGUGGCGAACAGCGGUAGCUGUACUUAAGCGGGUAGUCGCAUUAGUGCAUUUUGCACCGGCUCGUGAAGGUGCACGGCUGGCGUCGCCCGAGCGGCACGUCAACACACUGAUUUAAGCACAGCAGAGGGCUCAGCAUAUUGAUUUGUCGCGGCGCGGCAAUGAAAACCCUGCGACGCGUCCUGAGCAUGGCGGCGCAUGCCGUAGCGUUUGAACGAGCCAUCGUGACUGGCGCCGGUUCCGGCAUCGGACGAGCGACGGCGGCCGCGUUGUGCGAGCGCGGCAUCGAGGUGUACGGCGUGGGCCGCCGCGAGGGCGCGCUGCGCGAGACGGCGACGCGGAUAGGCGGCGACAAAUUUCAUGCUGUGGUCGCGGAUGUGGCGACGCCCGAGGGCCGCGGCGCCAUCGCCGACCGUCUCGACGGCACGACACCCACCGUGGUGGUGCACAACGCCGCGACCACCGGCCCGCUCGGGCCCCUCGACACGUUGACGCUGGACGGGUUCCGGGCGACGAUGGCGUCGAACGUGGAAGGACCUUUGUUCCUGACGAAGGCGCUAAUGCCGAAACUCGCGAGGGGGUCGCGCGUGCUGCACGUGUCGACGGGCGGCGCGCACCAGGGCUUCGACGGCAUGCUGUCGUACUGCGCGUCCAAGGCCGCGCUGCGGUCGGUCUACGAGUCGCUCCGGGACGAGUACGCCGGACGUAUUAUUUUUGGUUCGGCGCAGCCGGGCGUCGUGGCGACGGAGAUGAUGCGCGGGUUGGUCGAGGACACGGACGACUCCUUCGCGAUCCGCGAUUAUUUUACCGGGUUUUUGUCCGCUGUGCAUAAAUCAAAUUGUCGCGGCGCGGCGACGUGACACCAGCUCGAUGGCGUGGCGGUGUGGUCCUACACCACUCGAUUCAGUCAUCGCGGCCGCGUUGUCGCGGAGAAAUGACUUUGUGGAGAAUUAUCUGGUGCCCCCGACUCACUGUUUGAUGCGCACAGGUUGUCCGAGGCGACGCCAGCAGGGGGGCCCACGGUAGGGGGGCCUCCGCCCGUCGACGGACUAAACAGCCCGGAAAACGUCGCCCGCUUCUUCUCGUUCCUCCUGUGUGACACAAACGACGACGAGUUCGGCGAGCGGGACUGGGACAUCCGAGACGCGGCCCAUCACGGCCGUUGGUGAGCGUGAUAUGUAAUUUAUAUUUAGUGUCUCUGUAGUUAAGAAAGAAAAAAA